AAGGGAAAGGGCAAAGUGAAAACUAAAGAAAAAAGAAAAAGGGUUUUUUGUGGAUUUCCUCUGUAAUUCCGAAAUCGCUUUUGUGUUUUCGGGGUCCUUUCAAAUAUUUUUCGACAACGUAUAUCAAGGCAUAAGCGAGGGAGAUUCAAAAAGAAAAGAGUAAGCUUUUCCAACUGACGGCUAAAACGACAAAGGAAAAGGCUGACAAUACUUUCCUGCUUGAAGCAGCCUAGUGCGAGAUAUACAACCUGCUUUUGUCCUUUUGAGAGUGUCAACUGACUAAAGACUAUUGCUCACUUUAAGAUUUCGAUUUGUUCCCAAGAGAUGAAGCGUCGACGCGGAAGCAGAAAAGGUAAAGCAAAGAAGCCUCGAACAACUGGAACAAGUGAGGAGGCACCUAAUAAUGGUAGUAUGAAUACAGAAACAAAUUCUGGUACAGAAGAAUCUGACAAUGAUGGAGUUGACUCUGGAGUUGAGGCUGAGACACCAUCUUCUACCGUAACUGGUAUACCGGAAAAACCUGUAAUCGCUACUUCUGGUGCGCCAAGGGAUAAACCUGCAGGUUUAGCAGUUUAUGGGCGUAUGAAAGUAAAGAUCAAAACUUCAAAACUGUUAGAAUCCCAGCGUACCUCUUCCGAAGCAGCUACUCCUAGUGAUACUGAUAAAAGUAGCCAGCAAGCUGGUCCAGAAAAACAGGUUGCUUCUAAUGAGAAAAUGGAAGACAGUGCAAACUCAUUGCCCGAGGAUAAUGUAACUACCACUGGAAAUGUGCCAAAAAAAUCUGGAGGCAUAAAGAUUAAGUCUUCAAAGGGCUUUUCUUCAAGCAUGAGCCCUUGUAGUAAUGCUGAAAUGAUGAAGGAAGAGAAGACAAAACAGCAAGAGCCUGAGUUACAUCGCCGUGAUUUGAGAUUCAACAAGCAGGAGCUAGACACUGCUUUGGAGGUUAUAAGAAAAAUUAUGAAAAUGGAUGCUGCAGAGCCCUUCAAUGUUCCAGUUGAUCCUAUCGCUCUUGGAAUUCCUGUUCUAAUUCAACACCGAGCAUUCCAUGUCCCUGUGAGAGGGUUUUGGACCAACUUCCGCUGUUCGCGUAUAACAAGUUCUUGUAGCAUUAUUNUGGAGCUCAUGAAGCGGGUGAAAAAGAACUUUGCAAAGUACUGGACAGCAGCUGGCUUAUACAGCGAUCAUAUGCAAAGUGCCGAAAGCAGUCAAACUAAGGACACUACACCUUCAAGUCAUGGAAAGGAACCUACAAAAGGUGGUUCCUUAAGUCAGAAGAACAAAAAGCUUCAAGGGCUCAAGAAGCACAAGGAAGGAUGCCUUUGUGCUAUAUGUGUGAUGAUACGACGCAGGCAAGAGCGGGAGGAGAGCACUCGGCUGUUGGAUGACCAGGAGGCUAGUGAUGAUUAUCCAGAGGAGAUUAAACCAGAGGGGACUUCACCUGUAGAAAGUCGAGAGUACACAUCAUCAAAUAUGGAGAAUUCACCUGAGCAAGAUGGUGAUGCGAAUCUACAAAAAAAAGGAGCAGAGAGAAAGUUGACUGAAAAUCAGGGAGCUUUACAUGAGAAGCUAGAGGAAGAGAUGGAGAGUGAAAUGGGAAUCCAAAGUAAAAGAGCAGGGGUCACCUCUGAGCAUUUGCAGUCAGGUCAUGUAUCUGUAUAUGAGCGUAAAGCACAUCAUCAGAAGCAAAAUGUGGAGCCAGGUGGAGAUUUGCUGAAUGACACUCGAAAAGAAAAUGUGCAGCAUGGAGAUGAAAAUGCAGCAACUGGGCGACAGAGGCCAAAGGAAUUGCAAGACAAGUAUCAGAAAGCCAAGAUGUUUGAGAACCUGCGGUAUCUUGAAAAUCCAACGGUUAUGGAGUUAUCGCGAAUCCUGUUUGCUGAUAAUCAAAGAUCUGUCUGGAAUGGACCGCAUUCACUGGUUAAGCGUGAGGGUUCCGCCCGCAAGAGUUCUAUUCAUGCAGCUAUUUCCAUGUUUAUGCAGUAGGUUAAUUCUUUUUCCAGAUGUUAAUGCAUGUUGAACGUGUGAUUCUCAAGUUUUGGAGGUCAAUGGCAUUGAUUUUCCUUUGUUCUUUUUUGGUAGUGGUCAAUGGUAGGUCAAGUGUACUUUAAGGGUGAUAAAAUUCACUCCCAGUAACUUCUUUCUUUUUUGAAGUUAUUUGGUCGUUUCUUUGUAAACGCAGGGACUACAACUAACGAAAUGGAUGCUUUGUAGAUUAUCUGAUGUUUACUAUUCACUAAUAAUGAUUUUAACGCAA